UUACUCUGGCCCAGAAUACGAAGAGAACCUGCCCCCGGAGCCGCUGCAUUUCGGGAAGUGCUGCUCAGCAAGCGUCAGAGCUCAGAGGACAGGACUUCCUCCCCAGUGGGGGGGAGAGGGGCCUGUCAGCGCCGGGUUGUCACAGCCCUGCCUGGCACGGUGAGCUGCAGCUGGAUCAGGAACGGGAGCGGGAGCCACCUUCCCUGAGGCUUCAGAAUGGACCUGUGCCACCCAGACCCAGCAGAGCUGAGCAGUGGGGAGACAGAGGAAAUACAGAAGAUUAAAUGGCACCGGGAGCAGCUUCUGGAGGACAUUCAGAAGCUGAAGGAUGAGAUCGCAGAUGUGUUUGCACAAAUCGACUGCUUCGAGAGCGCGGAGGAGAGCCGGAUGGCCCAGAAGGAGAAAGAGCUGUGCAUAGGACGCAAGAAGUUCAACAUGGACCCCAUGAAGGGCAUCCAGUAUCUCACUGAGCACAAGCUGCUGAGCCCAAAUGUCCAGGACAUCGCCCAGUUCCUGCACAAGGGCGAGGGCCUCAACAAGACGGCCAUCGGCAUCUACUUAGGGGAAAGGGACCCCUUUAACCUGCAGGUGCUCCAGGCCUUUGUGGACUGCCACGAGUUCGCCAACCUCAACCUCGUCCAGGCCCUCAGGCAGUUCUUGUGGAGCUUCCGGCUGCCGGGCGAGGCCCAGAAGAUCGAUCGGAUGAUGGAGACCUUUGCCACCCGAUACUGCCUCUGCAACCCGGGUGUCUUCCAGUCCACAGACACCUGCUACGUCCUGUCCUUCUCCAUCAUCAUGCUCAACACCAGCCUCCACAACCCCAACGUCAAGGACAAGACGCCCUUUGAACGCUUCGUGUCCAUGAACCGCGGCAUCAACAACGGCAGCGACCUGCCCGAGGAGCAGCUGCGGAACCUCUUCGACAGCAUCAAGAGCGAGCCCUUCUCCAUCCCUGAGGACGACGGCAACGACCUCACCCACACCUUCUUCAACCCCGACCGCGAGGGCUGGCUGCUCAAGCUGGGGGGCCGCGUGAAGACAUGGAAACGGCGCUGGUUCAUCCUGACAGACAACUGCCUCUACUACUUCGAGUUCACCACGGACAAGGAGCCGCGGGGCAUCAUACCUCUUGAGAACCUCUCUGUGCAGAAGGUGGAUGACCCCAAGAAGCCAUUCUGCCUGGAGCUUUACAACCCCGAGAGCCGCGGCCAGAAGAUAAAGGCCUGCAAGACCGACGGGGACGGCAAGGUGGUGGAGGGCAAGCAUGCGUCCUACCGGAUCUCUGCCGCCAGCGCCGACGAGCGGGACCAGUGGAUCGAGGCCAUCCGAGCCAGCAUCACCCGCGUGCCCGUCUAUGACCUGGUCUCUGCUCGGAAGAAGAAGAUUGCCAACAAGCAGUGAGCUUCCAGGAUGUGGUGCUGGGGCCGCAAGUUGGAACCCCAAGACCUGUGGUACCUGGAGACCCGCCUCCCACCCCCCAGCACACCCUUUCCUGGCUUAGGGAUAUCCUCCCCCUCCCCCUGUUACCUCAGGCUGACAGGAGUGGGGAGGCGGCGCUCAGGAGGGUGUAUGGGACCCUUCCAAGGGUUCAGAGCUGGAGUGAGGUCCCCAGCUAGCCCCUGUCCCAAAUCCACUGCAGGAAGGGACAAGGAGGCUGGUGAAGAGACAGCAGCCCCGCGGCCCAGACCCUGUCCUCUCAAGGCCUCAGUUUCUUCUCCUGUUCCCCCUGCACUCUGAAACGUCAUCAGCCUUCAAGGGCAGGGGUGAUGCCAUGCGUCUUCCUUCUGGGACUUUCUCUAGCAGCUACUCCCUGGUCCUCAGGUGGGACUUGGCCCCCUUGCCUGGGGGACACACACAACUCAGAACCACAGGUAGAACUGCCAGGACCCCCAGACUGGGAGUCCAGGCCCCAAGUCUCAGUCGGUUUCAACUCCAACAUGCUGUGCGUCCUCAGCCAAGUCACACUCCCUCUCUGGUCCGUGGGAACCUGCAGUGUUGGGUAGAAAUUCUUGGCCACUUCUGACUCGGUGGUCCCCGGGUGACAGUAGGCACAGCCCCAUCCCAGGAGCUGGCUCUUCCCUCUCGCUGAAGGACAAGAUGCGCUGGGUCUCCCCACGGCGUGUGUGACUGCAGGACGCCUACACUCACCUACUGAGCCAAAGCGGGCUCUGGACUGAAGGCUGCUAAGGAGACAAGAGCGGAAUGGGCCCCACUCUAAAUGAUAUCCAUUUUGGAUGUGGGGUGGGUGGCAAGUGGGGCUUCCCCAGCACAUGGCAGAGAGCACCCCAGACAGUGUACCCAAGCGGGAGGGUGUACAGCCGAGAAGUCAAGAAGAGAGUUUCAUGGCCACAGAGAGGACUGACUGCCGAGAGGUGGUAGCCCAGUCAAUGAGGAACACGAAGUUUUUGGCAGUCUCCGCCAUGGCCUCCCUGCCAGGGCACUGCCCGGGGCGCUACGCGGUGGGCCCAGUGUCCUGCGGUCACCUACAGCAGCACCAGCCAGAGCGGAGCCAACUCCCAGCCUCGUGGGCAGGAGCUCUGCUCCCAGGAGGCCCCGCCCAGAGGAGGAUUCUGGAAUGAACAGAACAGACUCCUUCGUAGCUCUUCUCACCCCCUCACACAGGCCCCAGGGGAGCCCCUGGAGGGAAGUUCCCUGGCAGGAACGCAGGAUAUAGGGUUGCCUCUAUAUCCUGAGUGGGCAGGCAGGAGCGAGGUGGAUUCCCCAGCAUGGGGAGCAACCUGCCUCCUCAGCCCCGCACACAGGGGCACUCCUGCAACUGGAUCGGGGUGCAGCAGCGGCCUUGUGCGGUGAGGAGAGCCCUGUCUCUGGGGGUGCCUGGCACUGACACUGUACUGAAGAGGCUCUGGCCGGCCAUCUGCAGGAGACCUUGCAGGCCCUCCGAGGACUUCCGCGGGCCCCUGGCCUGCCUGGGAGCCGCGGCCACCUCUGCCGCCUGGCCCGUGAGGGGGCAGCCCGAGUCGUGGAAGUGUUACAGGGCAACCCUGAUGUGAAGUGGCUGCCUGACUGUGGGUCCUCACCCGAGCGCUUACAAGGGACUUAUUAAUACUCGACCGCAGGCACACACAAAAGACUAAUAAAAGGUUUAUUGAUAAAAGAAAGGGAAAUAAAGAAACAACUAACUCAGGGAGAAAAAGAGGGAGAUAAACUCGUGACUGUGUCCGACCCCUUCCGCCGACCUGGAAUCCCAAAGGCGCGCUGAGAGCUGACGAAGAGCCAAGAGCCGUGAGGCCAAGAGACAGCCCCAAGGCCCACGUGUCUGGUUUUAUGCCAAACCUGGCGGCUUAACCCCCAUCCCUCAGGUCCCAGCAGCCCUCCCUUGGGUGGUGAUGGGAUUUGUAGUUCCCGGUGUCUCGAGGGCUUUGGUCUGGGGG